AUUGUUAGCUACGUGUACUUCCUGUCAAAAUGGCUCCCUCCAGAAACGGUUCAAUUGAUGACAAACCAGUCAAAAUUGACAAAUGGGACUCUGGAGCUUUGAAAAAUUGUUUAGAUGAUGCUGCUAAAGUGGUUCUUGUGGAUAAAAUGGGGUACACGCAGUGCCAUAUGCUUAUGAAUGGCAGACUGAUAAUAUGUACAAUAGCUAUUGCAUUUGCAAUGUUUGCUCUUGUGUGGGACUACUUGUACCCUUUCCCUCUGUCCAGAACUGUCCUUUUGAUUUGCGUCAUAUCAUAUUUUAUUUUAAUGGCCAUUUUAACAGUCUACCUGACUUACAUUGAGAAAGGGAUUUUCCUUGUAGCUCUAGAGAAGGACAGAGCUAGGAUGGAGCCAGACAACAAAUGGACAUUGCAGUCAACGCUACGAAAAUAUGAUGACACAUACCACCUCACAAUGUCAUACACUGAUGGAAAAACUCAAGAGGAGAGGUCCCAGUCAAUCUCCAAGUGUGUCGCCAACUUCUUUGAUGAGAAAGGCACAUUCUGCCAGGAUUUGUUUCACCCAGUCAUUGAGAAAUUGAAGCAAGACUUGUCUAAUGACAAGAAAAAACAAUAAUAUCUAUAUUUCCAUUGUUGUCUUUUAGCAUCAAACUCGAGGCUUCAUUGUAUGGGUGGGAUUUUAUUUCGCCUUUUUGCAUUUAUUUAUUUCAUAGCUCUGAUUGAUAUCUUUGAAGUUAAGACCACAUAAUUUUAAAAUAUAGAUUCCCUGAUUGAUGUUUACAGUGUGAUAUUGGUUCUAGAAUAUAGUUCAAGUUCCAGUACAAUUAGGUUAUUGUUUUUAAAAUUUUCAUUUGAUAUGAUCUAACAGUCUUUUUUUUUUUUUUCGUUGCAUUGCUUUGUUAAUUUUUUUUAAAG